GAAACGAAGAGAGUGAGAGAUUAUUGAGAGAGUUGAUUUUUGAUGGAAUUUGUUUUCACUUUUGCUUCAUCUUCUUCUCGGUGAUUAUGUUAUUUUAUUUGGUGACGAUUCUAAAGUAAUCAAGUUAAUUUAGGUGCAAGACACGUUUUCAUGGUUUCUCUUCAUCAUCAUCAUCAUAAUUAUAUCAACAUCUUUUUCUGUGUAUUGUAACCACAAUUUACUUUCAACGUGCUUAUCCCUCCCUCUAUUUUUUGUUCUCUCUCACUUGAAGAAGACAAAACAUAUUCUCAAUUACAAUUGUAAUUCUAUUUAUCUCCACAGAUUCUCUAUCUAUUUGGUAUCAUCAACAGAAUAUUCUUUUCUUUUCUUUUGCUUUCGAUUUCUAACAGUUCAUGUUAUCAAUAUGUUGCCUUCUAUUGAAUUGUGGUGAUUAAUUAAUUGGAGUCAAUUAAAUUAACUGUUUUUCUUCUCUUUCUUUGAUCACAUGGCUCAUCGUCAUCAUCAUCAUCACCAACAACAACACCAACCUAACCAGUUAUUAAUAAUAUUAUUGUUUUUGAUGUUACUCGCUCUCUUUUCACCUUAAAUCAUAUUAAUAUUAUUGACCAAAUGUGUAACUCAAAUUAAGAUAUUAACUUUUAUCAACAACAACAAUUAACCAUUGGAUAAAAACUAACGUGUUUUAUGAAUUAAUUUUCUGAUUGUGCCUUUUUCGUGUUUUUCGUGUUAUUUUGUGUUUUCCAUUCUCUUUUCCUCCUUAUCUCCUCUCAUCAUCAUCAUCAUCAUCAUCAUCCUUCGUCAUUAUCAGUUAACACCUUUUUCAAAUCAAAUCAACAAGUGUUUGUAUAUGUGUCUAUUGGAAAAAGGAAAACAACUUCUACAAAGUGCUCUGAUACAACUGUGGAAUAAUUGGUCAUAACUGUUGUUCAAAAGAAGCAGUAAUCAAGCGUUUAAGUGUUAAUUGUUCCUUAAUUUUGUUUAUAUGUUAAAAACUCAUUUCUUUGGAAAGAAUCGUUUAAAUCAUCAUUAGUGAAAAUGUCUCGCACAAGUUUAAAGCAACAACUAAUGAGAGAGCAAAUGGUUCAACAAGAGCGGAAAGAAGCUCUAUUGAGGCAACAACAAUUGCAAAAAAUGCAAACUAAUUCAAGAUUAACAUCUGAUCAUCUUAACAUUGGUUCAUCUUUGAUUAAUAAUAAUGGAAAUCUAAACAGUAACAACAACAAUAAUAACAACAUUGGCAGUUAUACCAGUAGUGUGAUUGCCAUUGCUGGUGGAGGAACUGGUAGUGAACAUCGAGGUGGACGAUCUAUUCCCCAUUCAAUUGGAACCAUGAAACUAUCGGAAGCAGCAUCAUGUCCAAGUUUUUUCACCGAUGGUUUUAAUAGUUCCGAUAGUGGUCCACACUCAUCCUCGAAUCUUCCAACAGGAGGUUCAUCAUCCUCAUCUUCAACUCUGAUUACAAAUAUUAGUACAACGACAGCAACUUCAUCAAAUACCCCCUCCUCUAAAGCAAACCUUCAUCAUCAUCAUCAUCAUCAUCACCAUUCAACACUUAUGGGUGGUAAUACCAAUGGAAGUGGCCCACAGUCACCUUUCCCUUUAAGUCCAGAUAGUCCGUUAUCAGGACCGAGAUCUUCAGCAUCUGAAAUUGAUGAAUAUUGGGAAGAUGUUCAACGAACUCUUGUCCUUGAGAUGCCUGAUCUAAUGGAUCAAAAUGGCGGUGGUGGUAAUGAUGCUGGUGAUCCCAUGGGAUCAGAACAUGUUGCUAGUAAUAGUAUAAAUGUUAUCCACCAUCAUUCUCAUCAUCACCAAUCAUCAUCUCAUCAUAGUCCCAUGGAUCCAAUCGCUUCAACUUUACCUGCUGAUAUAAGUUACGGUUUCAACCCUCACCAAAUGUAUACAGAAGAAGAAGAUAGUCUUCAAUCAACCAGCCAUUUAUCUGAUGUAACAAAAAUGUCCUCAUCUUGUCCACCAUUAUCCACAUCAUGUCCUCCUCUUUCUUCAGAUCCGGAAUUUAGUGCAUGGGAGCGGGAAAGGAAAAAGAAAGAUGCUCACAAUAAGAUUGAACGACGUCGAAGGUACAAUAUCAAUGAUCGUAUUAAAGAAUUGAGCACUUUGUUACCAACUCAAGAUGAAACUUAUUACGAUCUUGUCAAAGAUAUGAAACAAAAUAAGGGAACCAUUUUAAAAGCUUCGGUGGAUUUUGUUCGAGAAUUGAAACGAGAUGUUAGUCGAAUACCUGAAUUAGAACAAAAAGCCCGCGAAUUGGAGAUGGAAAAUCGUAAAAUGUCCAUGAAAUUACAACAAUUGGAACAAGAUUUAAGAACUCGUCCUUCGAUUAGUGAAGAGCAACAUGGAUUAUAUAAACCAGAUUCAUCAUCACCUAAAUCAAUACAAUUUGGACAUCAACCACAUCUCCAUCAUCAUGCUCAUCAUAUUCAUCAUUCAACUCACCAUGGAACACCCACUCCACCACCUCAUCCACAAUCCCUUCCACAUCAUCUUUCUCAUGGUUUCCAUCAAUCAACAACUGAAACAGAUUAUUGGAUUAACAGUGGUAUCACCUUGGAUGAAAAUCCAAAUACUGGUAGUUUACAAAGUCACUCUCAACAUUUAACUUCAAGUUCACUGGGUCAUCAUAUCGAUAUAAGUGGUGAUCUGGUCGAUUCAAUUUACGGGACAUCUAGGAUGCCAUCUUCACACCAUCACCCGAUAAUUAAACAAGAAUACAAUGUAUCACCCAGUCAAUCAAGUUCCGGUUUAGGGUCACUUUCAUCACCAACAUCCUUAGGUUCAUCUUUUCUACCUCUCUCUCAAAUGUUGAUCAACGAAGCAAGUAAAGAUUCCUAGGAAUCAACUCUUCCCAUGUAAAAGGUGAAUUACCUUCACCUCAAGUUAUGGAUGUUUGUGAUUAAACAACGAGAGAGAGAGAGAGAGAGAGAAAAGGGUAAUACAAGAUUCAACAAUCAACAAUCAACAAACUGCUAAAUGAAAACAAUACCGAUUAAAUUAACAUUGGCAAUUUAAAAGCAAUUUAAAUUUUCUUUUUUCUCCUUCAACGCGACACAAUCAUAACCAUUAUAUUCUUGCUGAUGCUCAAUUCUGUUCAUAUCUUCAAUAUUUUCCUCAACAUUUUCAUGGUUCCUUUAAAAAUUUGCUCAUCUUUUUCCUUCUAAUCUCUCUCUCACUCUCUAAUUAAAUUAAUCAUCAUUUAUCAAUCUUCCUAUCGUCAUCAACAACAUGUCAUCCUUUUCACUCAUCUUGUGUCUUAUUCUUGCUUCAAGCAUAAUUACAUUUUCUUGUAAUCAUCAUCAUCAUUUAAGAAAAAGGAGAGAGAGAGAGAUUGUUAAUUAACUUUGAUUGUUGCUCUCCUUAACUCCUUCCUGAGACGAAUUAAUCUUGUUCAAAGACCACUGAAGUUAAUACAAUUAACUUGAUUUUCUUGACCCCACCUUUAAAUUGCUAAAACGAUAUUUUGAUUAGCAUUAUACAUAUUUAAAUUUAUAUAUAAAACAACGCAACGAUAAACAAAACAGCCCAUUGACGGACAUCAUAACCAUACAAAAAUCAAACAAUUAAUGAUAAACAAUUUAAAUUGUUUCAUAUACUCAAUUUUCAAUACACAUUUAAAUUGCUCACAGAGGAUUGAAAAGAAACACAAUUACUACAAUACUGCUCACUCCUUGAUGAUUAAAAAAUAACCCCUGAUAAGAUGUAAAUCGCUAAUCCUAUUUAAUUAACUAAUCACCCAAGUAAAUACACAUCAUCAAAUAUAUAUAAAUAUGUAUAUCAACAAUCAAGUCAACAAUCAAUUAAUGAUCAAAAAACGAUCGGGAUCAAAAACGGAACCUGGUGCUAGUUUCUCAAAGUGACCUAACCUUCAUCAUCAUGUAUCUCAAGUGCCAUUGGAUUUAAUCAUUGAUAAAAAAACACAAAUUGUAUUAAAUUAAUAAAACUCAUAAUUUACCUGAUAAAACAA